AUGGCACGUAAACAACGUAAACAACGUAAACAAAAGAAGAACGUGUAUCGGGAAAAGCCAGCACAAGAGAACCCACAGUUCCAAGAUACGUUUAAAAUCAACCAGGCUUUAAAAACCGGUGAUUAUCAGUUACUUCGAGAUAUUGGCCGAGAAACUGGGUUUUCCAGCGACGCCAUUCGUAGAAGGGUGUGGCCUUAUUUAUUACAUUGCACAGAUCCCGAGAUACAAAAUACGAUGGAGGGUUCUCCAGACGUACCUCAUAAGGAUGAAAGUCAAGUCAAGUUGGAUGUAGUUCGAUCCUUUAACUCCUAUCCUAAAAAUGUUGGUCCUGAAGACAAAGCCAAGUUGGAAGGACAAUUAGACAGAGUGAUUACUCAUGUCUUGAGAGCAUAUCCUUCUUUACACUAUUAUCAAGGAUUUCAUGAUAUAUGCUCUGUAUUUAUUUUAUUGUUCGGAGAGAAAUAUGCCUAUGAGAUGUUUGUUAGUAUGGAACCCAUUUUGAAACAACUGACGAUAUUAGAUACCCUGAUUCGAUUAGAGGAUGUAGAAUUAUAUGAUUUUAUCACAGAGGCUGGUGUAUUGCCUUAUUACUGCCUUUCAUGGGUAAUAACUUGGUGUAGUCAUGAUUUGGAUGAUUUGGAAAAGAUCACACGAUUAUUUGACUUGUUUCUAUGUUCCAACCCGUUCAUGUCGAUUUAUUUUGCUGCAGCUGUGGUACUAUCGAGGAGAGACCAGGUUCUGGCUUUAGAAUGUGAAAUCAGCACGCUUCAUAGUUUUUUGACUAAACUGCCCAAGGAUCUAGACAUUCAAUGGCUCUGUCAAAAGGCCUGUGAACUGGAGAAAAAGUACCCGGUAUUUGAUAUUCAAUGUGAAAGUACGAUUGCCUUGGAUGAACUAUCUACUGUCAAUCGAUUUGAAAAGGACUGGGUAUCGAUCCAAACUCAAGAGGAGUUGGAUAAAACGCUUCAAGAUUCAAUCAUUCCAUUAUUGAAGGAUAAAGAAGAGAGAAAACCAAUCAAGUUAUUAUCCAAGCUACCACAACCAAGUAGUAACAGUAUUCUACAAAAGUUGAGACAAUUGGAUAGAAAAGAUAUGGCUCUGUAUACCUUGGUUACAAUUGGAGCCGGAGUUGGUUUAUUGGCCAUGUUUAUGUCAAAUGCGGAUUUAGUGAGGGAAUGGCUAUUGACAGGUGUGUAA